AUGGCGGUCUUCUCGGUCGUCCUCGGCGUGGCCGCCAUGCUCGCCACCAUGAUACUCAUCCAGGUGCGCGGCAUCCUCAAAGCCUACCGUUCUCCACUCAGCCGCAUCCCGGGCCCGUGGUACGCUCCCCUGACGACCAUGCACCUUCGCUGGGGCUUCAGCACCGGCGAGAUUUGGAAGCUCGUCGAGAGGAGCCACAAGGCGUACGGCCCCAUCGUCCGCCUCGGGCCCCGCCAGGUGUGGGUUGCCGACAAGGACGCCCUCAAGGAGAUCCUCGUCAAGGUUGACCUGCCCAAGGUGGCAAUGUACUCUGAGAUUUCGAGGGAUAAGCACAGCCCUGGUCUUUUUGGAGAGAUUCGCUAUGAGCCACACAAGCGUCUCAAGAGGUUCCUGUCGCCCGCUUUUACCGUGGCGUACAUUGACAACCUCGAAAAGUACUUCCAAAAGACGAUGCGUGAGCUGCUCAACAAGUACGAGUCUCAGAUGAAUGCCGACCCCGGCGCCCGCUACCAGAUGGUCUACGUCAAAAAGUUCCUCCGCAUGUUUGGGCUCGACGUCAACUUUGACUGGCCGGCCGAGAUGAUCACGGCCAUUGACGCCGUGGUGGCCGAGAAGCAGCAGCAGCAGCAGACCAGCCGGCGCGACCUGCUCCAGCACCUGAUCGAGGAGGGCAAGAAGCCCGACAGCGGCACGGCGAUGAACACGCGCGACAUUGUGGACCAGAUGGCGGAGAUCCUGCUGGCGGGGUCAGAGACCACUUCGGGCACCAUCGCGUGCCUGUUCCUGGAGCUGGCGCGCAACGCGGACGUGCGCGCCAAGCUGCUGGCGUCGCUGCCGGCCCGCGGCGCCGGCGACGAGGUGGUGGCCAGCAAGGCCAUCCGCAGCGACGCCGGCCAGUACUGGUACCUCGAGGCCUGCAUCAAGGAGAACCUGCGCCUGCACCCCAUCGCCUCCGAGAUGGGCCGCCGCACCGGCAAGGACUGGGUCACCAUCAUGGGCUACGACCUGCCCCCGCACACCGUCGUCUCCGCCAGCUACAGGGACCUGCACAGGAACGAAAAGUACUGGCCCGAGCCCCUGCGCUUCUGGCCCGAGAGGUGGCUUCCCGAGGGGCAGAGGGACGGUGCACCGGCUGCAGAGUAA